ACAUAUACACGAGCGCACAUUGGCUUCAGUGCAGGCAACCAGCGAGCUGUGCAUAUGUGUGCGCGCGCGCGGGCGCGUGUGUGUGUGUAAGAGAGAGAGAGCAGUAUGUAGACUUUCAUGAGCCACUUUGAGGUUCGCAGUGAAGGCGAAUGGUGUGAGCGGCGAAGCGCGCUGAAGAGGCGGCCAUGUUAAUGCUCGGGGUUCUGGCCGGGUUCUGCCUCUGCAGCGCGGCCGCCUCCGGUUACGGCAGAUGGACGCAGAACUUUGGCGCGAGCUCCAACGAAGUGGACAAGGCCGGCUCUCAGCCGCACAUCAUUUUCGUGAUGGUGGACGACCAGGGCUUCAGGGACGUGGGAUAUCACGGGUCCGAAAUUAAAACGCCGACACUGGAUUGGCUCGCGGGGAACGGAGUCAAACUGGAGAACUACUACGUGCAGCCGCUGUGCAGUCCAUCCCGCAGUCAGCUCUUGACCGGCAGGUAUCAAAUCCACACUGGGCUCCAACACUCAAUAAUCCGCCCCACCCAACCCAACUGCCUCCCAUUAAAUAACGUCACGCUGCCUCAAAAGCUCAAGAAUGCAGGAUACGCCACGCACAUGGUUGGCAAGUGGCACCUCGGUUUCUACAAGCGUAGCUGCAUGCCUACACAGCGUGGCUUUGACACCUUUUUCGGCUCCCUUCUAGGGAGUGGUGACUACUACAGCCACUACAAGUGUGAUAGCCCUGGAAUGUGUGGCUUUGACCUGCACGAGGGUGAAGAAGCUGCAUGGGAGCAAGACCGAGGCAUCUAUUCCACGCACAUGUAUACUCAAAAGGCUGUACGUAUUCUUGCAUCACACAACCCCAGACAACCUAUUUUCUUGUAUUUGGCAUACCAGGCAGUGCACUCGCCACUGCAGGUUCCCGCUCGCUACCUCGAGCGCUAUAAAUCCAUCCCAAAUCUGCAACGACGCAAGUACGCAGCCAUGGUCAGCUGCUUGGAUGAGGCUAUGCGCAACUUAACUCGUGCACUCAAACGCUAUGGCUACUAUGACAACAUGGUCUUGGUGUACUCUUCUGACAAUGGGGGUCAACCUAUGGUAGGUGGCAGUAACUGGCCACUAAGAGGUAGUAAGGGGACCUAUUGGGAGGGUGGUAUACGGGCAGUGGGGUUUGUGCACAGCCCCUUACUUGUAAAAAGAGGUACAUGUAAAGCCCUAAUCCACAUUACUGACUGGUACCCAACCCUGGUAACACUCGGUGAAGGUACACUUGAUGAGAAUCAAAAUCUGGAUGGCUAUGAUGUCUGGGAGUCGAUCAGUGAAGGGCUUCCCUCUCCACGUCAUGACAUUCUUCACAACAUAGACCCUAUCUAUGCCAAAGCGAAAAAUGGCUCCUGGAAGGCUGGAUACGGAAUCUGGAACACAGCGGUCCAGGCAGCACUCCGUGUUGGUGACUGGAAACUCCUGACAGGUAUGCCAGGCUACAGCGACUGGGUUCCACCACAAACCUUUUCCAACCGGAUGUUGAGCAACCGCUUGCACAGUGAGCGCGUGCGCUGGGAUCGAGGCAAGACAAUUUGGCUCUUUAACAUCACUGCUGACCCUUUCGAGCGUGUGGAUCUGUCGAGACGCUACCCACACAUAGUAAAAAAGAUGCUUCUUAGACUUAUGCAAUACAACAAGACAGCCGUGCCAUGCCGCUACCCACCUAAGGACUAUCGGUCCAAUCCGCAGUACAACGGAGGGGUCUGGGGACCUUGGUACUCUGAUCUUGAUGAACAGGACAACGAAAAUAAUAGCAUUCUUUCCAAUAAUGUACGGAAAAUUAAAAAAGAGAAAAAAGCUAAACAUAAACGGAAGUGGAAAAGGAAAUCUGACAACUUCUCGGUGCUCCAUUUGCAGUGACUUGUUUUUACCUUUAAAGACUCCAGUACUCAGGGACUGAUGGGCAGGAUCAUUCUGCUCACAUGAUUUUUCACUGACAGAGUUUUAUAUUUAGAUCACUUUACCUCUAGUUAGUUGUUUUAGAUGUAAGCAAAAGGAAUCAGUGGUUAGGCAUCUGAUUCUCAUGAAGAAACUUACUUAAACACUGUUGUUCCUCCAGCUUAGAAUUGUUACUUAGAGCAAUAUCUAUAUUUAUUUUUAGCAUUUUAUUGCAUGAUUUUGUUGCCAUCAUAUCGUUUUAUGACUUUUAGGACUAAUAAUAUGUUCAAAAGAAAUAGAAGAAUAUUGUGUUCCAUGCCUGAGCAGACACAGUUUAGUUCCAGAAUCAAAACCAAGUGAAGCUUUAAUAAAAAGUUUAACUUAUAAAAAUGUUAUGGUCGAAUACACUUGAUGUUUCACACACAUUUAGAAUUUUCCAGUACUGUCUUUGUCUUUCAUUUGCUCUUUUGUAUUGUGUGGUCCAGUACCAUUUGAAUGUAAAGCAAUAAAACAAAAAAAUGUAAA